AUGAUUCUCCAGGGUUUAUUCUUCAUCGCCAUUCAACAGUUCCUUCUCGGUAUAUCGCUAUAUAGUGUUAUCCACUAUUUGCAUCCGAGCAUGACCCAGUUAGCAUGGUUAUUGUUUGGUGCUAAUGCGAUAUCUGCGGUGCUUGGUUUUUUCGGAGCUCUUAAAAGGAAUAUCGUCAUUGAGUGCGUAUACCUGGUAUUCUACUUUUUAGCAUUGUUGCUUGUGUUCCUCACGGUAUUGGACAUGGCUGAGCUGGUACACCUGUUGCCCAAGGGACCACAGAUGAAGGAUGUCUACAACUUUGCAUCAAUGAGGUACGCACCAAUACUCAGGGCAGGGCAUCCGCAUGUGUUCCUGAAGCAACGGGAAGAACCAUUUGAAUUGGAUGAUCAUUAUGACUUUGAAGCCGAUGAUGAUGAAGACCCUGAUAUGUACCCUGAGGAGCUAUUGGACGCGGAUACCGACGCCUCCACCGACCUAGAGGAUAUAAUGUCAUUGAAAACACCGGAAAAGACAGGGCAAACAUCGCCACCUAACCAAAGUGAUGUAACAUCCAAGGUAACUGGCGAUAUAAACUCAAAGGGUCCUAUCGAGGGCACCAAGACAGAACAAGGCGCCACUGCUGACGCCAAGGGUACUGAAGAGACUAAAUCUAUCCAUAUUCACCAGUCUAAGGGGAAAGGUCAAGUAAAUGAGAAUGUCAAUAAGCUGGGAGAACAACCAAUUAUAGCUGAGCCUGUUAAGGGUGCACAGAAUGAUUCUCUAUAUGACCAUAUUCCUUUGGUGCCACAUUUCGGUGAGACUGAAGGUGAAGCUGAAGAGGUAUCAAAGGACGAGCUUCCCCCGGAGACGCAUGACCUGACACCUGAGGGUAUCUCUGAAGUUGUUGCCAUCUACAAAAUACAAAAGAGGCCACUCAAAAUGGCAGCAGCGGGGUUACUCACUAUAGCAUUGAUGUUCAAUGUAUACUGCUACUGGGUGGCUGUUACAUUUGUCCUGAACAAGUGUACCUGCCUGGAUGAGCUGGUGUCUCACCCUGAGCAGUUCACACCACUGAUCGAUUGA